AGAGAGAGAGAGAGAGACAAAGAGAGAGAGAGAGAGAGAGAGAGAGAUAAGGGGGUGAUCAUCGUCGAUCUAGUUUGUCUGGUUUUGGUUUUUUUUUUUUGUUUUGCUUGUUUUGGUGCGGUGUUAUUAAAAAAUAUGACGAGAUCCGUGUAACGGUGCGUUAUUCCACGAAAAUGUCAUCGUGAAAAUAAUUCGUUGACAUUUGAUUUCUACGUAAAAGAAAAAAAAAGGAAAUAAAAAAGUGAUAUUUCGGACAGUGAAAUAAUUAAUUAUUCUCGUGACUUUUGAAAUUAAAUUUGUUGAUAUAGUUUAAAUUAUAAUAAUCGUUUAGUUGCUUACGAGUGGCCUUAAAAAUUCGUAACGUGUGAGAAAAACGAUUGGGCAAAAAGAAAUAAAAAAAAAAGAAGAGAAAUACUAAGAAAAUAAACACGCGUUGUUUCGCGCGUCGAGGAACAAACAAAAAAAAAUGUCCUCUCGUUGUUUUCUACGCUAAAACGUGUGUUAACUCGUACUCGGAAAGUGAACUUCUCGUCCAAUCGGACGGAUAAAAGAUCAAAUCAAAAUAUAAUCAAAAAAAACGUUCACGAUAAAUCCAGUGACAUCAUCAUUCCGUCGUCUUCUUCUUCGGAUUUGUCAGAUUUAACACGGCGAUGGAUUCGCAGCAGCUCGUUGAAACGAGCUCGCAAAACAGUCAGGACCUUGUCCUGCCAAAACCAACCAGCAGCACCCCACGACACAGCAUCGAUGCCAUACUUGGCCUGGCUAAUCACAAAAGGAAUCAUCAAGAGAUGGAAGACAAUAAUCGCGAGACUCAGGAGAACGCUGGUGAGAACAGCUGCAACUCAACCGGCGGUGGUAGCGACGAAGAACUUGGUGCGGGUUGCGGGGACGAUAUUAACGGGAACGGAGGAAAGAAGAAGCAUCGUCGUAACAGAACGACCUUCACCACUUACCAGCUGCACGAACUUGAGAGAGCAUUUGAAAAAUCACAUUACCCUGACGUCUACUCCAGGGAAGAACUUGCCAUGAAGGUCAACCUUCCCGAAGUUCGUGUCCAGGUGUGGUUUCAAAAUAGACGAGCCAAAUGGCGUAGGCAAGAAAAAAUGGAAGCUGCCAGACUUGGUCUAAGCGAAUAUCAUCAUGCCGCUAACAUGAGAAACGUCGGUGGAACGACUCUUGGAUUACCUGGAGAUCCUUGGCUCGCACCGCCAGGACUUUUGAGCGCACUUCCAGGAUUCCUGGCAGCACCGCACACAGGAUAUCCAAGUUAUUUAACCUCCCCGAGACGAUUGCCCUCUCCUCCGAACGUUGCUGCUGUGGCUAAUGCGGUCCCAGGAACAUUGGGAGGUGGAAUGGCAAGCAUAGGAGGUGGUAGUCACGUCCAACCACCACCUCCGAGUCCUCCAGGUCACGAUCCCCGUACGAGCAGCAUCCAAGCAUUAAGAAUGCGAGCCAAGGAACAUGUCGAAAGCAUCACCAAGGGACUUCAAAUGGUUUGAAGUUUAACGUUAGAUUCGAGAAGAUAAUCGAAUUUACCAGCCGACAAAGUUGAUGCCGAAUUCAUCAUCUUUGCUGUUGUCGUCAGGAACAGGAACGAAGACUACAAGUAUAUUUCUUCAUUGGAAUUAAUCACUUAUCGUCCAACUUUCCAUCAUCUUGUUCUUGGGUUUUAUUAAUAAGAAACAUUAAUGAAUGAACUUGCGUUUGGAUGUUCGUGAAAUAACGGUUUUUACCGAAAACGACAAAAGGAAUCCAGGAAUUCGUUCGACCCGGUUUUAAGGAAGAACUUUUAUAAUCGAGGUGUAAGACAACCGAAAAGAAAAAAAAAGAAAAGAAACGGGUAAAAAAAAAAGAAAUUAUGAAAGAAGGAAGUUAGUACCUGCUUUCGUUGUUCGUCCAAAAACAAAAAAACAAAAAAAAGGAAACAAAAAGAUCCAAACCGAUCGACGAAAUAAUCGAAGUAAAGUUUAACAACAACAACAAAAUUAAUUAACAUAAUAAUGGAUUCAAGUUAUUCGAUUGCAUUAUUGAGACAUGAUUAUCGAAAACAAUAAUGGCUUACUUAGGUAUUUCAAUGAGACAAUGAAAUAUAAAAGCGUGUUUAUCGUAUUCCACGAUGAUGUGCAAUAUCAAUGAGAGAGACGACCAUGACGAAUGUUCAUUCGACGAGAUAAGCAACGUUUAAUAAAAUGAGUGACUAUCUUUUAUGAGCAUGUGUGUGGGGUGAGUGAUGAAAACUACGGGGUGACUUGAAACUUUUCAACAAAUCGUGCAAGUUUAGCAAGUUAGAUCGUGAAUUUGUAUGAACUGCAUACGCGUAUGUAUUUGUAUGUAUAUUUCUUUCGUGUGAAAGAAAAGGAAUGAAAUGAAAAAAUGAUAAAUAAUUGAAGAUAAUAUGUUUAUCCUCUCGGUCGAACGAUUUAUAUCGGUGAAGUGUUGUUUGUGACAAUCAUACGAACGUGUACGAUCAAUUGUCACGUGUGUAUAAGAAAAUUAAAUUAACACUUAACCCAACCCCCCCCCCGAACUCUAACUAGAAAUUUAUCUAUGUAUUUCUCUAUUUUGAUUUUUAAGAGAACAAUCGCGAGUGUAUUAGAAAUGAUAGAGUGAGCGAGAAUGAGAGAGAGAGAGAGAGAGAGAGAGAAAGAGAAAAACGGAGAUAAACAAACAAAAAACUUACGAGAGACUGACAUUCUCAUCGAUCUUUUUUCUUCAAUGAAUUUUAACAGGAAUCGUGUUACAAAAAUUAUGCGAAUGAAUUUCGUCAUUUAAUUACAAUUCGAUCUAAUCCUUACCAAUCCUUGUUUAAUGAUAAGGAGGAAGAGAGGAUGAAAAAGUCGCUCGUGUAGUGGUUAAAUAAAAAAAAAAAAAAAACUAAAAAACAAAAAAACAAAGUAAAAUCUUCCGAUGGUAUUUUAGGCUGCCAACAGUAACACUCACGUACGUCCCAAAGUUGUCCUAAUCGUCCGAAAACGGACAUACACGCCGUUUAAAGGAUUAGAAAAAGAUUAGAAAUUAACUCUCUUGUGUAGCGAGUAAUAGCUUCGUAAAAAAAGAAAUGACGAAGAGAGGACGAUCGGUGGAAUAACAUUUUGACAUAAACAAUAUUCUGCAGUAUUAGUACGUUAAGAAGAAAAAAAGUAAUUAAUGAUUAAAAACCGAAAAAAAAAAAAAGAAGAAGAAAUAAAUAAAAAGAAAAAAAAGAAGAGGAAGAAGAGAGGAAGAAGAAGAAAAAGAAGAAGGGGGAGGAGGAUUGUGCAUAUUAUGCGUAGAGUCAUUAUAAGAGGAAUGUAAAUUCGAAAAAAAGCUUUUGAAAGAAAAGGAGAUCGGUCGUAUGAAAAGUUACAAAAAAUAAAA